AAUAGUUUGAAACUGGGCCAGCCUCCAAUGCAUAAAUUCUUGCUGCAUCCCUGCAGCCUCACCUGAUGAACAGGCUUGGAUGAUAGUGCACUAUUGUGAUGUUUCGUUGGAACGAUCGCAGUUAUUGAGAUUAAAACUGUUCACAUCUCUUUUAAGAGCUAUAUGUAGUUAUUUCUCCAUAAAAUCUUGAUGUAUGUUUAUUUAAAUGUCACUGUAGGUUCUUUUAUUCAAGCUUCAUCUUUUCAAUUGGAGCUCAGAUAUUUGACCUUCAAAAAUGGCAGGUAGAUCUUUGCUGCCACUCUUGCUUCUUCUGUCAAGGCUGUGUGUUGUGACUUCACAAAGUGCAGGUACCUUCCCAGCUGUUGGUCAUUUUUACCCCAUUUCUGGACAAACAACUACCCGGUCACUUGAUGGAAGUUCUCCACAGAUUCUUCUGCAACGGACUUUUGUCUACUUUGGAAAAACAUACAACAACAUUUAUGUCAACCAUAACGGACACUUGACCUUUAAUUCCUCAUAUUCUUCAUAUAUACCUCAAAGAUUUCCACUCUAUGGAUCCAUAGACUUAAUUGCUCCAUUCUGGACAGAUGUAGACAUCAGACAAACUGGUUUGGUUUACUACAACCAAUACACCAACGGCAGUGUCCUCCAACAAGCUACACACGACAUUAAUAGCUACUUCCCAAACCUAAACUUCAGUGCUGACUGGGUCUUUGUGGCAACAUGGUAUGAAGUGCCCUAUUAUCCAAUGACAGGAACGAAAACAACUUUCCAAGCCGUGUUGAUCUCUGGAGGCCACAAAUCCUUUGUUCUCUUUAACUACGGUUCACUUGCCCCAACAGUUUGGAAUGUUCAGGCUGGAUAUGACACCAUAAACUCUUUUCACCACUUCACCAUUCCUGGAUCUUUCUCAAGUUCUGCAACAGGAAACAACUCCACUUUCAGUCUCGGCAGCAACGUCAAUGUAACGGGUCGCUGGGCCUUCCAAGUGGACAGCGGUCCAGAUGGAUGCGUGUUUGAUGGCACACGUGUUCAGUUGGGUGAUGUCUUCUGGAGCGACAGCAACUGUGCACAGAAAUGCACCUGCACCACAUCGGGCAUUCAUUGUAUCAGCGAGCUCUGCUCUUUCCCUGAAAUCUGCAUAGCGACAAACUUUCAGUUCCUCUGCUUCAACGUCCCAGUUCCCGCCCCAGUUACAAGCACAUUGGCUCCACCAGUUAUAACCACAUUGCCUCCAACAGUUAUAAUCAAUUCAACGCUACCUGGUUCACUUUAUCCAAUUUCUGGAACUGCAAGCUCCAGAUCUGAUGAUGGAAGUUCUCCACAGAUUCUCCUGCAAAGACCUUUUGUCUACUUUGGAAAAACAUACAACUACAUUUAUGUCAACCAUAAUGGACACUUGACCUUUAAUUCACCAUAUUCCUCAUAUUCACCUCAAAGAUUUCCACUCUAUGGAUCCAUAAACUUAAUUGCUCCAUUCUGGACUGAUCUGGACAACAGUCAAACUGGUUUGGUCCUCUACAACCAAUACACCAACGGCAGUGUCCUCCAACAAGCUACACAGGACAUUAAUAGCUACUUCCCAAACCUAAACUUCAGUGCUGACUGGGUCUUUGUGGCAACAUGGUAUGAAGUGCCCUAUUAUCCAAUGACAGGAACAAAAACAACUUUCCAAGCCGUGUUGAUCUCUGGAGGCCACAAAUCCUUUGUUCUCUUUAACUACGGUUCACUUGCCCCAACAGUUUGGAAUGUUCAGGCUGGAUAUGACACCAUAAACUCUUUUCACCACUUCACCAUUCCUGGAUCUUUCUCAAGUUCUGCAACAGGAAACAACUCCACUUUCAGUCUCGACAGCAACGUCAAUGUAACGGGUCGUUGGGCCUUCCAAGUGGACAGCGGUCCAGAUGGAUGCGUGUUUGAUGGCAAACGUGUUCAGUUGGGUGAUGUCUUCUGGAGCGACAGCAACUGCGCACAGAAAUGCACCUGCACCACAUCGGGCAUUCAUUGUAUCAGCGAGCUCUGCUCUUUCCCUGAAAUCUGCAUAGCGACAAACUUUCAGUUCCUCUGCUUCAACGUCCCAGUUCCUGCCCCAGUUACAAGCCCACCAGUUACAACCACAUUGCCUCCUACAGUAAUAAUCCCAAACAAUGUGACACAUCUAAGUCAUUUUUACCCCAUUUCUGGACAAACAACUACCCGGUCACUUGAUGGAAGUUCUCCACAGAUUCUUCUGCAACGGACUUUUGUCUACUUUGGAAAAACAUACAACAACAUUUAUGUCAACCAUAACGGACACUUGACCUUUAAUUCCUCAUAUUCUUCAUAUAUACCUCAAAGAUUUCCACUCUAUGGAUCCAUAGACUUAAUUGCUCCAUUCUGGACAGAUGUAGACAUCAGACAAACUGGUUUGGUUUACUAUAACCAAUACACCAACGGCAGUGUCCUCCAACAAGCUACACACGACAUUAAUAGCUACUUCCCAAACCUAAACUUCAGUGCUGACUGGGUCUUUGUGGCAACAUGGUAUGAAGUGCCCUAUUAUCCAAUGACAGGAACGAAAACGACUUUCCAAGCCGUGUUGAUCUCUGGAGGCCACAAAUCCUUUGUUCUCUUUAACUACGGUUCACUUGCCCCAACAGUUUGGAAUGUUCAGGCUGGAUAUGACACCAUAAACUCUUUUCACCACUUCACCAUUCCUGGAUCUUUCUCAAGUUCUGCAACAGGAAACAACUCCACUUUUAGUCUCGGCAGCAACGUCAAUGUAACGGGUCGUUGGGCCUUCCAAGUGGACAGCGGUCCAGAUGGAUGCGUGUUUGAUGGCACACGUGUUCAGUUGGGUGAUGUCUUCUGGAGCGACAGCAACUGCGCACAGAAAUGCACCUGCACCACAUCGGGCAUUCAUUGUAUCAGCGAGCUCUGCUCUUUCCCUGAAAUCUGCAUAGCGACAAACUUUCAGUUCCUCUGCUUCAACGUCCCAGUUCCUGUCCCAGUUACAAGCACAUUGGCUCCACCAGUUAUAACCACAUUGCCUCCAACAGUUAUAAUCAAUUCAACGCUACCUGGUUCACUUUAUCCAAUUUCUGGAACUGCAAGCUCCAGAUCUGAUGAUGGAAGUUCUCCACAGAUUCUCCUGCAAAGACCUUUUGUCUACUUUGGAAAAACAUACAACUACAUUUAUGUCAACCAUAAUGGACACUUGACCUUUAAUUCCUCAUAUUCCUCAUAUACACCUCAAAGAUUUCCACUCUAUGGAUCCAUAGACAUAAUUGCUCCAUUCUGGACAGAUCUGGACAACAGUCUAACUGGUUUGGUUUACUAUAACCAAUACACCAACGGCAGUGUCCUCCAACAAGCUACACACGACAUUAAUAGCUAUUUCCCAAACCUACACUUCAGUGCUGACUGGGUCUUUGUGGCAACAUGGUAUGAAGUGCCCUAUUAUGGAACUGCAGGAACAAAAACGACUUUCCAAGCCGUGUUGAUCUCUGGAGGACAGAAAUCUUUUGUUCUCAUGAACUACGGCUCGAUUGCCUCAACAACUCUCAAUGUUCAGGCUGGAUAUGACACCAUAAACUCUUUUCACCAUUUCACCAUUCCUGGAUCUUUCUCAAGUUCUGCAACAGGAGACUCCUCCACUUUCAGUCUGAGCAGCAACGUCAAUGUAACAGGUCGCUGGGCCUUCCAAGUGGACAGUGGAGUAAUAGGCUGCCAGUUCAAUGGCAAACCUGUUCAGUUUGGUGAUUUCUUCUGGAGUGACAGCAAUUGCACACAAAAGUGCACCUGCAACACAUCGGGCAUUCAUUGUAUCACCGAGUUAUGCUCUUUCCCUGCAACCUGCCAACAAACAAACCUUCAGUUCCUCUGCCUCAUUGUGGACCAUCCAGUUAACGCCACAUCAGAUCCACCAGUCACAACAUCAGCGGAACCUCGCGUUACAACGACUUCGACUUCACCAGUUAUAAGCACAUGGCUUCCUCCAGGGAUUACCACAGAGAAUUUACCGCUUCCAGCUUCACUUUAUCCAAUUUCUGGAACUGCAAGCUCCAGAUCUGAUGAUGGAAGUUCUCCACAGAUUUACCUGCAAAGACCCUUUGCCUACUUUGGAAAAUUGUACAACCACAUUUAUGUCAACCACAAUGGACACUUGACAUUUGAUUCCUCAUAUUCCUCAUAUUCACCUCAAAGAUUUCCACUAUAUGGAUCCAUAGACUUAAUUGCUCCAUUCUGGACUGAUCUGGACAACAGACAAACUGGUUUGGUCCUCUACAACCAAUAUACCAACGGCAGUGUCCUCCAACAAGCUACACAGGACAUUAAUAGCUAUUUUCCAAACCUACACUUCAGUGCUGACUGGGUCUUUGUGGCAACAUGGUAUGAAGUGGCCUAUUUUGGAACUGCAGGAACAAAAACGACUUUCCAAGCCGUGUUGAUCUCUGGAGGACAGAAAUCUUUUGUUCUCAUGAACUACGGCUCGAUUGCCUCAACAACUCUCAGUGUUCAGGCUGGAUAUGACACCAUAAACUCUUUUCACCAUUUCACCAUUCCUGGAUCUUUCUCAAGUUCUGCAACAGGAGACUCCUCCACUUUCAGUCUGAGCAGCAACGUCAAUGUAACGGGUCGCUGGGCCUUCCAAGUGGACAGUGGAGUAAGAGGCUGCCAGUUUAAUGGAGAACCUGUGCAGCAUGAUGAUUCUUUUUGGAGCGACUCCAGCUGUGCACAGAAGUGCACGUGCACCAGAACUGGCCUGCAGUGCUCUAACCAGCCCUGCUCCUUUUCUCAAGUUUGCAUGCCAUAUUCCUUUCAGUUCUCCUGCCAGACGGUGGAGAGACGCACUUGCACCAUCAGUGGCGAUCCACAUUACUACACCUUUGAUAAUACAGUGUUUCACUUUCAAGGCACCUGCACCUAUGUUCUCUCAGAACAAUGUCAGUAUGGGCUUCCUUAUUACAGAAUAGAGGGCAAAAAUGAGCACAGAGGCAGCACUCGUGUAUCCUGGACACGCCUGGUCAAGGUUUUUGUCUACAAUGAAACCAUUGAGCUGGUGAAAGGAAACCCAGGAAGGGCAAAGGUUAAUGGAAGCUUUACAGCAGCUCCUUUUACCCUCAACCAGGGCCGUGUCCAGGUCUAUCAGUCAGGUUUUAGUGUGGUUGUCAGCACUGACUUUGGCUUAACUGUAUCUUAUGACACAUAUUCACAUGUCGGAAUCAGUCUGCCCUACACGUACCUGAAUGCAACAUGUGGUCUAUGUGGAAACUUCAACAACCAACCUGGAGAUGACUUCCGAACUCGCAAUGGCGAGGUCGUCAACUCUGAUGUAGAUUUUGCUAACAGCUGGCGAGCUUCCGGUGAUGAGGAUCCUGGUUGUGAAGCACAGUGUCGGGGUCUGGAAUGUGCUGGCUGCACUGCAGCUCAGACUGCAUUAUACAACAACAAUGACCACUGUGGCAUCCUUCAGAACAGCUCUGGACCUUUUGCAGCAUGCCACCAAACACUUCCCCCACAGAACUUUGUGCAGAGUUGUGUUUAUGAUCUGUGCAUCGGUGGAGGAUACCAACCCAUUCUGUGCCAAUCUUUAGGUGUAUAUGCAAGUCAGUGUCAACAAAAUGGGAUCCAGCCUGCAAGCUGGAGAAGACCUGGCUUCUGUGAAAUCCCCUGUCCAGCCAAUAGCCACUUUGAGUCUCAAGCAACUGGAUGUCCACCCACCUGUGUUAAUCCUAACUCCACCCAGAACUGCCCCCUUCCUGUUCAGGAGAGCUGUGUCUGUGAUACCGGCUACGUCCUCAGUGCUGGACAGUGUGUUCCUUAUGCUGAGUGUGGCUGCAGCUUUGAGGGUCGCUAUUAUCGAUCAGGACGGACUGUUAUACUGGAUGAAGACUGUGGGAGGCGCUGUAGCUGCACCGCUGGCUCAAUGACAUGCAGCCCCCAUGGCUGUGGCCCACAUGAAUCCUGCAGUGUGGAUGAUGGAGAAAGAGGAUGCAGACCUAAUGGUUACGCCACAUGCUGGAUAAGGGGGCCAGGGUCCUAUCAAACAUUUGAUGGACUGACAUAUCAGUAUCCUGGAGCAUGCAGACUAAUCAUUGCUAAAGAAAUGGGAUUGUCUGGUCACCCACACUUUAAUCUGAUAACGGAAAAAGUACCAAACAUCCUGCAAGGUUUUUCAAAUGUUUUAAAGGUUCGAGUCCAGGAAACAGAAGUCACCAUCAACAUGGACAACAACAACAAAGUCUGGGUUGAUGGUCAGCUUUACAAAUUACCCUUCAGUUCUGGAUCCAACCAAAUCCACAUCUUCCAUAGCAACACUCACAGCAUCAUCCUACGCACAUCUUUUGGUCUGACUGUGCAAACCGUCUGGCCUCACUUUGUUCGUGUCACUGCACCUAUAGUGUACAGCAGCUCACUUGGUGGACUCUGUGGAAACUACAAUGAUGAGCCCAACGAUGACUUUCAAACACCAAAUGGAACCCUGGUCCACAGUUCUCAGGUGUUUGGAGACAGCUGGCGAGAAGGCUCCCUGGCAUCUCACUGUGUGGAGAACAGAGUUUUUAACCCUCUUAAUUACAGUUCAACUGAAUUUUGUGGCAUUCUGACUUCACCACAUGGUCCAUUUACACCAUGCUGGCCUGUGGUGGACCCUUCACAGCAAGUGGACGUGUGUGUGGACAUCCUCCGUAGAUCUGAAGAUCCUGAAUCAACACGGUGUCAGGUUCUACGAGAUUAUGUUCUGAUGUGUCAACAACAGGGGGUUUCUCUGGGAGAGUGGAGGAAUACAACUGGCUGUGCGGCAACUUGCCCUUCAAACAGCCAUUCAGAAGUCUGUGGGACAUCCUGUCCCUCCACCUGCCCCAGUCUCUCCUUCCCCUUCAGCUGUGACACUCCAUGUCAGGAUGGAUGUCAGUGUAAUGAUGGCUUUGUCCUCAAUGGAAACCGGUGUGUGCCACCAACAUCCUGUGGAUGCUACCAUCAAGGGCGCUAUUGGCAAAGUGGUCAACAGUUUUGGGAUGGAGAAGAGUGUCAGAGUUUGUGCAGCUGUAAUGGUGUGACUGGUGUGGUCAGUUGUGUGCCACACUCUUGUGGUCCUGAUGAGGCGUGUCGAGUGGUAGAUGGCGAGUUUGGUUGCCAUCCCAACCCUCAUGGUACCUGCUCUGCCUCUGGAGACCCCCACUACUUGACAUUUGAUGGAAAGACCUACGAUUUCCAAGGAACGUGUCGCUAUGUUCUAGCAGAGGUUUGCCAUUCAUCCAGUGGGCUCCAUCAGUUUUCUGUGGAGGCAAAGAAUAUGCCAUGGAAUGGGCUGCCCGUGUCCAUCACAGCUGAAGUUGCUGUUACUGUGUGGGGCUACAAGGUGUGGAUGUUUAGCAAUAACAGAGUAGAGGUUGAUGGAAUAACAAGAAACCUACCAUUCGUCUUGAAUGGGACCAUUUCUGUAUUUGCAAGUGGAUAUCAAACAUUUGUUCGUACAAGUUUUGGUCUAAACGUCAUGUAUGAUGGAUGGAGCACAGUGUCUAUCUCUGUACCUCCAGAUUACAGAGGACACAUGUGUGGACUUUGUGGUAAUUUCAACGACAAUCCAAAUGAUGACUUCCAUAGCCCAGAUGGGGCCGCAGUCACCACACCUGAUGCGUUUGGGGCAGCCUGGAAAGUUCCAGGCAACUACAGCUGCAGUGAUGGCUGUGGCUCCUCCUGUCCACGGUGCACUAACGAUCAAGCUGCCAGACUUCAGUGUGAGGUGAUUCAGGCAGCUGACGGCCCCCUCAGCUUCUGUCACGAACACGUGGAUCCAGCACCGUUUUUCAGCGACUGCGUGUUUGACGUUUGCGUGGGUGGAAAUGCUGGAAACGACCUUCUGUGCAGGGCCAUUGAGACAUAUGUGAGCGCAUGUCAGUCUGCUAAUGUCCGGAUCUAUCCUUGGAGACAAAACACCACCUGCAGCAUCAUCUGUCCAGCAAACAGCCAUUAUGAGCUGUGUGGAACAGACUGUAGCCACACCUGUGUCUCCAGCACUGAUGCUACCUGUGAGCAUGCUUGUUCAGAGGGAUGUUUCUGUGAUGAGGGCUUCAUCAGAAGUGGUACAACCUGUGUUCCUGUGGGGAGCUGUGGAUGUCAAUAUGACAGCUUUUAUUACAGCGUUGGAGAGUCUUUCUGGAAAGAUGGUUGCUCUGAGCGAUGUGAAUGUUUUGCCUCUGAUGUUGUGCACUGUGCCGCUGCAUCCUGCGCUCCUGCACAGGAGUGCACCGUCAGGAAUGGCCAGCUGGGCUGUUAUGAUGGGAUGUCCACUGUUAUGAGCACAGUAGCUCCUACAGUUUUAGCCACAGAGAAUUUACCGCUUCCGGCUUCACUUUAUCCAAUUUCUGGAACUGCAAGCUCCAGAUCUGAUGAUGGAAGUUCUCCACAGAUUUACCUGCAAAAACCCUUUGCCUACUUUGGAAAAUUGUACAACCACAUUUAUGUCAACCACAAUGGACACUUGACAUUUGAUUCCUCAUAUUCCUCAUAUUCACCUCAAAGAUUUCCACUAUAUGGAUCCAUAGACUUAAUUGCUCCAUUCUGGACUGAUCUGGACAACAGACAAACUGGUUUUGUCCUCUACAACCAAUACACCAACGGCAGUGUCCUCCAACAAGCUACACAGGACAUUAAUAGCUAUUUCCCAAACCUACACUUCAGUGCUGACUGGGUCUUUGUGGCAACAUGGUAUGAAGUGGCCUAUUUUGGAACUGCAGGAACAAAAACGACUUUCCAAGCCGUGUUGAUCUCUGGAGGACAGAAAUCUUUUGUUCUCAUGAACUACGGCUCGAUUGCCUCAACAACUCUCAGUGUUCAGGCUGGAUAUGACACCAUAAACUCUUUUCACCACUUCACCAUUCCUGGAUCUUUCUCAAGUUCUGCAACAGGAAACAACUCCACUUUCAGUCUGAGCAGCAACGUCAAUGUAACGGGUCGCUGGGCCUUCCAAGUGGACAGUGGAGUAAGAGGCUGCCAGUUUAAUGGAGAACCUGUGCAGCUGGGUGAUUCUUUUUGGAGCGACUCCAGCUGUGCACAGAAGUGCACGUGCACCAGAGCCGGCCUGCAGUGCUCCAACCAGCCCUGCUCCUUUUCUCAAGUUUGCAUGCCAUAUUCCUUUCAGUUCUCCUGCCAAACGGUGCAGAGACAAACCUGCACCAUCAGUGGCGAUCCACAUUACUACACCUUUGAUAAUACAGUGUUUCACUUUCAAGGCACCUGCACCUAUGUUCUCUCAGAACAAUGUCAGUAUGGGCUUCCUUAUUACAGAAUAGAGGGCAAAAAUGAGCACCGAGGCAGCACUCGUGUUUCCUGGACACGCCUGGUCAAGGUUUUUGUCUACAAUGAAACCAUUGAGCUGGUGAAAGGAAACCCAGGAAGGGCAAAGGUUAAUGGAAGCUUUACAGCAACUCCUUUUACCCUCAACCAGGGCCGUGUCCAGGUCUAUCAGUCAGGUUUUAGUGUGGUUGUCAGCACUGACUUUGGCUUAACUGUAUCUUAUGACACAUAUUCACAUGUCGGAAUCAGUCUGCCCUACACGUACCUGAAUGCAACAUGUGGUCUAUGUGGAAACUUCAACAACCAACCUGGAGAUGACUUCCGAACUCGCAAUGGCGAGGUGGUCAACUCUGAUGUAGAUUUUGCUAACAGCUGGCGAGCUUCCGGUGAUGAGGAUCCUGGUUGUGAAGCACAGUGUGAAGGUCUGGAAUGUGCUGGCUGCACUGCAGCUCAGACUGCAUUAUACAACAACAAUGACCACUGUGGCAUCCUUCAGAACAGCUCUGGACCUUUUGCAGCAUGCCACCAAACACUUCCCCCACAAAACUUUGUGCAGAGUUGUGUUUAUGAUCUGUGCAUCGGUGGAGGAUACCAACCCAUUCUGUGCCAAUCUUUAGGUGUAUAUGCAAGUCAGUGUCAACAAAAUGGGAUCCAACCUCAAAACUGGAGAAGACCUGGCUUCUGUGAAAUCCCCUGUCCAGCCAAUAGCCACUUUGAGUCUCAAGCAACUGGAUGUCCACCCACCUGUGUUAAUCCUAACUCCACCCAAAACUGCCCCCUUCCUGUUCAGGAGAGCUGUGUCUGUGAUACCAGCUACGUCCUCAGUGCUGGACAGUGUGUUCCUUAUGCUCAAUGUGGCUGCAGCUUUGAGGGUUUCUAUUAUCGAUCAGGACGGACUGUUAUACUGGAUGAAGACUGCGGGAGGCGCUGUAGCUGCACCGCUGGCUCAAUGACAUGCAGCCCCCAUGGCUGUGGCCCACAUGAAUCCUGCAGUGUGGAUAAUGGAGAAAGAGGAUGCAGACCUAAUGGUUACGCCACAUGCUGGAUAAGGGGGCCAGGGUCCUAUCAAACAUUUGAUGGACUGACAUAUCAGUAUCCUGGAGCAUGCAGACUAAUCAUUGCUAAAGAAAUGGGAUUGUCUGGUCACCCACACUUUAAUCUGAUAACGGAAAAAGUACCAAACAUCCUGCAAGGUUUUUCAAAUGUUUUAAAGGUUCGAGUCCAGGAAACAGAAGUCACCAUCAACAUGGACAACAACAACAAAGUCUGGGUUGAUGGUCAGCUUUACAAAUUACCCUUCAGUUCUGGAUCCAACCAAAUCCACAUCUUCCAUAGCAACACUCACAGCAUCAUCCUACGCACAUCUUUUGGUCUGACUGUGCAAACCGUCUGGCCUCACUUUGUUCGUGUCACUGCACCUAUAGUGUACAGCAGCUCACUUGGUGGACUCUGUGGAAACUACAAUGAUGAGCCCAACGAUGACUUUCAAACACCAAAUGGAACCCUGGUCCACAGUUCUCAGGUGUUUGGAGACAGCUGGCGAGAAGGCUCCCUGGCAUCUCACUGUGUGGAAAACACAUUUCAUAAUUCGACAACGAAUUACAAUUCCAGUGACUACUGUGGCAUCCUGACUUCACCACAUGGUCCAUUUACACCAUGCUGGGAUGCGGUGAACCCAUCACAGCAAGUGGACGUGUGUGUGGACAUCCUCCGUAGAUCUGAAGAUCCUGAAUCAACACUGUGUCUGGUUCUACGAGAUUAUGUCCUGAUGUGCCAACAACAGGGGGUUUCUCUGGGAGAGUGGAGGAAUACAACUGGCUGUGCGGCAACUUGCCCUUCAAACAGCCAUUCAGAAGUCUGUGGGACAUCCUGUCCCUCCACCUGCCCCAGUCUCUCCUUCCCCUUCAGCUGUGACACUCCAUGUCAGGAUGGAUGUCAGUGUAAUGAUGGAUUGGUCCUCAAUGGAAACCAGUGUGUGCCACCAACAUCCUGUGGAUGCUACCAUCAAGGGCGCUAUUGGGAAAGUGGUCAACAGUUUUGGGAUGGAGAAGAGUGUCAGAGUUUGUGCAGCUGUAACGGUGUGACUGGUGUGGUCAGUUGUGUGCCACACUCUUGUGGUUCCAAUGAGGCAUGUCGAGUGGUAGAUGGCGAGUUUGGUUGCCAUCCCAACCCUCAUGGUACCUGCUCUUCCUCUGGAGACCCACAUUACAUCACGUUUGACCGCAAGGCCUACGACUUCCAAGGAACGUGUCGUUAUGUUUUGGCGACUGUGUGCAAUGUAACCAGUGGGCUCACUGACUUUUCUGUGGAAGCAAAGAAUGAGCAGUGGAAUGGUUUGGCACUUUCUCUUGCUGCUGAAGUUUUUGUUCAAGUGUGGGGAUAUUGGAUACAUAUCUCAAGGAAUCGACAUGGUGUGGCAGAAGUGAAUGGAAUUACAAGAAACCUGCCAAUUCUCCUGAAUGAAAGCCGUGUGUCCAUCUAUACAAGUGGAUCUCGUGUAUUUGUCAGUACAGACUUUGGCUUGACUGUCACCUUUGAUAGCUACAGUACAGUUAUGAUCUCCGUUCCUCCAGACUACAGAGGAAAAGUCUGUGGACUUUGCGGAAAUUUUAAUGGCAAUAAAAAUGACGACUUCCAUGGCCCAGAUGGUGCCGCAGUCACCACACCUGAUGCUUUUGGGGCAGCCUGGAAAGUUCCAGGCAACUACACCUGCAGUGAUGGCUGUGGCUCCUCCUGUCCACAGUGCACAGAUGAUCAAGUUGCCAGAGUUCAGUGUGAGGUGAUUCAGGCAGCUGACGGCCCCUUCAGCUUCUGUCACGAGGAGGUGGAUCCAGCCCCGUUUUUCAACGACUGCGUGUUUGACGUUUGCGUGGGUGGAAAUGCUGGAAACGAUCUUCUGUGCAGGGCCAUUGAAGCAUAUGUGAGCGCAUGUCAGUCUGCUAAUGUCCGGAUCUAUCCUUGGAGACAAAACACCACCUGCAGCAUUCACUGUCCAGCAAACAGCCAUUAUGAGCUGUGUGGAACAGACUGUGGCCACACCUGUGCCAGCAGCACUGAUGCCACCUGUGAGCAUGCUUGUUCAGAGGGAUGUUUCUGUGAUGAGGGCUUUGUCAGAAGUGGUACAACCUGUGUUCCUGUGGAGAGAUGUGGGUGUCAAUAUGACGGCUUCUACUAUAAUGUGGAUGAGUCUUUCUGGACUGAAGGUUGUUCCCAGCGAUGUGAAUGUCAUGGACCCAAUGACCUGCGUUGCUUACCAGCCUCUUGCACUCCUGCACAACAGUGCAGCAUCAAGGAUGGCCAGCUGGGCUGUUAUGAUGCAAUGUCCACUUGCACUGUGUUAGGAGACCCACACUACAUUUCCUUUGAUGGAGGAGUCACAAAUUUCCAGGGAACAUGCUCCUACAUCAUUACUGAAAGUCUGAACCAUGAUAACAAUGAAACCCAAUUUCAGGUAGUAGCCACUAACGAGCACCGUGGCAACAACUUUGUGUCAUUUGUGUCAACUGUGGACAUAUUUCUCUCAAAACAACAUGAGAGUGUACAUGUCUGGAUUGGAUCUAACAGAAGAGUGAAGGUAAAUGGAAUUGAAGCUUCUCUUCCCACCCCUGCAGGAACCUUAGCCCAGGUCUCAAGGCAGGGAAGCUACAUAGUCUUUGAUGCAAUUGACUUCAUUGUUCAGUUUGAUGGGCAACGGACUUUAAUGGUCAGAAUGAGUCAAAGCCGAGAAAACAGAGUCACAGGGAUGUGUGGAAACUUUAAUGGUGAUCCAUCUGAUGAUAAAGUGUUUCCAAAUGGCACAAACACCCAAAAUGACAAAGAGUUUGGAAACAGCUGGAAGUCACCCAUGAGCCAACCAGGAUGUGGAUCCACAGAUGAAGAAAGUGAUGGAAUUGGCAACUGUCGCUUCUUGGAAGAAUACUCUGAACUCUGCAGCAUCAUCACCAACACCAGUGGUCCAUUCAGUGCCUGUCACCUGCAUUCUGAUCCACAGCCAUUUUUCUCUUCCUGCGUCUAUGAUCUCUGUCUCUACACUCCAGCCAAUGGCAUGCUGUGUUCUGCAGUUUCAGCCUAUGAGAAAACUUGCACUGUUUUAGGAUUGGACAUCCCAGAGUGGCGCCCUGCUUUACACUGUGAUGAGUCAGAUCCCUGUGAACAGCUGGACUGCACAGAGAAUGAGUGGUGUGGAGAGCAGGAGGGUGUGUACGGCUGCUUCUGUGAUGAGCACCAUCAUGGACCCAACAAUGAGAGCUUUGACUCGUCCAUCACAUGUGUGAGCAGCUCGGGCACUUUGUCCCUCUCUCGCUGUCAGCUGUUUGAAGCUGGUUUUCACCUCAGUGAUCUCCAUCUACGAGACGAUUCCUGCAAUGGGACUCUACAGGACGGGCGGCUGGUGUUCCACUUCAAUAAUGAUGACAAACUGUGUGGGACAGUUCUCAUGAGCAACGGCACACAUUUUAUCUACGAGAACAGUGUCCAGGGAGAUGUGGACCCCCAUGACAGGAUCAUCAGUCGUGAAAAGAGCAUUCACCUGCUCUUCAGUUGUGUAUACCCUCUGGCUCAGGCCUUGUCUAUGGAUGUGGGCAUCAACCCUUUAGAAAGCAUUGUUAACAAGAGGCUUCCAUCUGGUGAAGGCCACUAUCAUUUGAGGAUGAUACCUUAUGAAGACCCUAACUUCCAAUCCCCUCUAAACCGGAACAGAAAUUUAGAAAUGGAAAUAAACCAGAGGUUGUAUAUUGAGGUGCUAACUGAGGGAGUUGAUGAACGCCAGAUCUCCACCAUUCUGGACUCCUGCUGGGCGACACCCUUCAGUGAUCCCAGCUACCCAGUCCGCUGGGAUUUGAUCAGCAACGAGUGUCCCAAUCCAGAUGAUGGUACUGUGGAGCUGGUUCAGAACGGCAUCUCCACUGUGGCUCGUUUCUCCUUCAAGAUGUUCACCUUCACCAACUAUUCCUCCAUCUACCUUCACUGUCAAGUUCACUUGUGUCUUUUGAGACACAGCAACUGCACUGCUCAUUGUUACCCGGGUUACCACACAAGGGUACGAAGGGAUGUUAACCACCAUGACGCUACAGCCAUCACCAUAGGACCACUUCAUAUGGCCUCAGAUGAAAGAAGAAUCAUGAACAGCGCUCCAGGCCUCCCUGCACCUCUGAUGAUUUUGAUUGGCUGUUUAUUUUUUGCAAAAACUCUAAUUUAGUUUAUGGACAGAUUGUUUUUAUGAAUUAGUGACUUUACUUGUGAUAAAGUUUUAAUGGUGUUAACGGUGCAAAUAAUGGUAAAACUCUUGUUUUUACAUGUUUUUAGAACAAUGACACAUCUUUUAACACUAGAGGGCGAUAGAUUCAAAGAAUAAAAAUGUUUUCCAGUUAUAUUUGUGGCUUAAUCUUUUACAAACAAUAUUGUGUUUUUAAAUCAGGGCUAAAUUUAAAACAUAUCGACUAAUAACAAAAUGAGCUAUUUUACAAUUUGGGAGUUUUUGAAUUAUAGAUAUAACUUUACAAUCAAACUCAUACAAUAGACUGCAUGCUAUCUAAAAACGCUAUUUAAAAAACCAUGACAUAUUUUGUGCUUUUUCAUUGUAAUAAAAAUUAUUUUUCUUAAAUUGUUGAGCCAGUUUGUUUUUGUUGCAUCUGACACCACAUAAUGUUCUGUACAUGUUCAACUUACAAUAAACAUAAUCAUUAAAA